CUCUCUCUCUCUAAAACCAGAAGAAGAACAAGGAAGAGAGAGGAGGCGAGACCACCGCCGAUGGCCGACGAAGCUACCGUGGACCUCCCCUUACCGGAACGCUCCUCCAUUCCCUCCGGCGAUCACUCCGUCUGGGCCGACGUGUCGCCGCUCCUCGACGCCGCGUGUAAAGAUCUUCAAGAUGGUAUGCUUAUUCAUGGAGAUAAUUUCAAUCUCUUUGCCGCAAUGUCUGCUUUGGAGAUUAUGGACCCGAAGAUGGAUUCUGGUAUAGUUUGUAAAUACUACUCUGUUGAUGAAGCUAUUGAGGAUGGUGCAGCUCCAGUUCCUAUUAGCUCUGAUAGAACAGUAGAUGUUCAGUGCACUAUUGAUAUUAUGGACCAUCUUCUAGCGUGUGAGGCGACAUGGCACAAGGGUCAUUCAUUGGCACAAACUGUCUUCUCUUGCAUCUAUCUUCUGAGGCCUGAUAGGACAUCUUCAGAUGCAUUACUACAUUCUUAUUGCAAAGUUGUAAGAGUAACCUGCAAGACGGUCAUUUCAGUUGUCUCAGAUGCACGCACUCAUGAAGAAGAAGACCUCUUUACAAUGUCAUAUGGUCUGGCUUUGCAUGCGGAUGGAGAUGAUAAGUGCUUAUCAAUGCUAAAUGCUGUUGAAGAAACAGUUAAUCGCCAAUUACGUGCUUGUAAAGCACCAUCCUCAAAAAGAACAGUGUUAGAAGACUUUGUGUCACUGCAAACUAAUCUUGAAUUGGAGGAAGCCUACUGCAAAGCUUUGUUAUGCCGCUUACGUUUUCGUAAGUAUUUUUAUCACGUUAUUACUUGCAUGAGACGUCCUCAAGGGAGAGGUUUGGAGUUGGCGAGAAAGCAUAUAGCCUCCUGCAUAUCAGAAUUACAAAUAAUGCUCAACUCAUCGGAGUUCCUUAGAUCUAGGUCUCUUGGAACUCGUGAAGGGAGUAUAGAAGAUAAAACCACUGCUUCUGGUUGUCAAGCGAUUGGAUUUGAUGCUAGUUUAAACUCUAGAUUAUCAGCUCCGACACCACCACGCACAAUAAAAAUUCUUAGUUGGAAAAAGACUAUAGAAUAUUUUAUGAAACUUCUUCACGAUCUGGAUGUCAUAUGUUCCUACCUGUUGGAGCCAUCUUUAGAAAGUGUUCUGCACUUUGUUGUUGAAUUCCAAAAAUCAUUGCCUGAUUUAGUAGCAAGAGCUCAUCUUCAGCGUCUGCUGGUUGAAGAUGGGAAACUUUAUGGCCGGGAUCCAAUAUUCGGUGUUAUUACCAGAGCUGCUGCUGUACCUCAUUCUUUAAGGAACCAUGAUAUGCAAAAACAUGAAUCAAUUGUUCACCUAGUACAGUUAGUAAUCAAUUUGCUGAAAAUUUUAUGUACAAAUAGUGCAUGGCAAAGGCGUAAGCUUGGAAAGAUUUUACAGGAUUGGCGUGUUGUUUACAUACAGCUAGAGAUGGCCUUUAGAAACGAGUUGGGGGAAAACACAAAUUCUUCAAAUGAUGAGAAUGCGUGCAUGAAUGUAGUCCAACACAUCCUUGUUUGGGUGGAGGAGCAAACGUACUGGAUUGCUGCUCGAUUUCUCAUUUUAGGUUUUGAAUUGGAGCUAUAUUCACAAAGUGAAUAUUGCAUGGUAUAUUGGUACAUCUAUGUUGUCCUGAUCAAGGUGUUAGAGAAAAAGUCUCUUAAAAUGGUGGCGAGCAAUGACAGUGGUAGACGAAAGGGAAAGAAAAAAAGAGAUUCUGGUAAAGAUGUGGCAAGGGAUAUUCGGAUUCCACCUGCAAUCUUGUUUCUUCAAUGCCAAAUAUGCAUUGCAGAAGGACUUGCGAUGAUGCUUGCUGCUCUGAGGAAUGAACAUAUGAUGGUACAACAUCCAAGCCCUUUCAAUACUGAGCAUGAGAGAUUUAGUCAGCACUUCGAGCUCCUACAAAAGGCUUGCAUUCCUGAUCAAGUUUCAUACCCCUUGUUUAAGGAUUCCACUACUCAUACUCGUCUAUUGAACCUAGUUAGGUAUGAUCACUUUAAAGAUGCUCAGAAGAUUGUGAAGGAGGUGAAGAGCAGUUUUUCCAACAAUCCAGAAAAAUCUGCUGAACUGCGGAGGCUAGAGCAAGUAGCCGAGCACAAUAGCAUUGCCUUAAACAUAAUCUCCCGAGCCGGAGCCCGUGACCCCUCACUAAAGGUAUCAUUCGAGUUCAAUCAUCAUCCUUGUUUCGCAACAGCCGUUGUCAAGAGAUCUUGAAAUUCCCUUCUCAACAAUCCUGCCAAUUUUGAACACUCGUUACCUCCACAGGCAAUCAUGUAGUAUAGAACUUGUAACACCAAUUUUUGAGGCAAUAUUUCGUUCUAUGUAUUCUUUUCCCCAAAUGUAACUGCAAUGAGUAAAGAAUCAACCCCCACAAUUGUCUGUAAGCUUUGAUCGCUUUCCCUUCUUUCA